AUGGCCGCCAAUGGCGAGAUGGUCAAUGAGCCGCACAAGACGUUCGACACGAUCCUCGUACUGGACUUCGGGUCGCAGUACUCUCAUCUGAUCACGCGACGUCUGCGCGAGCUGAAUGUCUACUCUGAGAUGCUGCCAUGCACUCAGAAAAUCGCCGACCUGCCUUGGAAGCCUAAGGGUGUGAUCCUGUCCGGUAGCCCGUUCUCCGUCUACGAAGAAAACGCGCCGCAUGUCGAUCCUGAUGUCUUCAACCUCGAUGUCCCCAUCCUGGGUAUCUGCUAUGGUCUCCAGGAGCUUGCCUGGCACCACGGCAAGAAUGUGCUUGCCAGCGAGAAGAAGGAAUACGGGCACGCUCUCCUGAACAUCCACCGGCAUCCAGGGAAGGAUGCGCACGUCGAUCGUCUGUUCGAGGGUGUGGAGGAUCAAAUUCAAGUGUGGAUGUCUCACGGAGACAAGCUGUCUAAGCUCCCUCCCGACUUCGAGGUCAUUGCCACUACCAGCAACGCUCCGUUCGCCGGUAUCGCCCAUACGAAGAAGCCUUACUUCGGAGUCCAAUUCCACGCAGAAGUGACCCACACACCACGAGGCAAGAAGAUCCUUGAGAACUUUGCCGUCGGAAUCUGCCACGCUAAGCAGGAGUGGACUAUGGAGAGGUUCGUGGACAAGGAAAUUGAGAGGAUCAGAGCUAUCGUCGGUGAAAAGGGCCAGGUUAUUGGCGCUGUCAGCGGUGGCGUGGAUUCUACCGUGGCUGCUAAACUCAUGAAGGAGGCUAUCGGAGAUCGCUUCCACGCGGUCCUGGUCGACAACGGUGUCAUGCGCUUGAACGAGGCCCAGCAGGUUCAAGAGACGCUGUCCAAGGGUCUUGGGAUCAAUCUUACCGUCGUCGACGCUUCUGAAAGGUUCCUCAGCUUGCUUAAAGGUGUCACGGAUCCGGAGAAGAAGAGAAAGAUUAUUGGAAACACUUUCAUCGAGGUCUUCCAGGAGAAGGCUAAGGAGAUCGCAGCUGCGGCAGCGGGAUCUCCGAACGAGGGCCCUAUUGAGUUCCUGCUCCAG